AUGCUGCAGAAGCUCGAGUCUCUCUGUCCCACCAAGCCGUAUGACGAAUGGGUAGAACACGCCCAGAUCGAGCACGACUUGUCUGAUCGCGCCUCGACUCACUUCACAUGCUCCAUGUGUCUGGAGGAUGUACAGGGAACGGAUCUCAUGCAUGUAUUAUCAUGUCGCCAUGUGUAUCAUGCACACUGCCUGGAGCAGUGGUUUCUCGGGCGCCACUAUCUGUGUCCUCUAUGUAACCGAGCCUUCUUCGAACAGAAUGAGCCAGGGCCAGACAAUGUCUAG